GUGGAUUUCCUGCAGAAAGCCAACAUGAAGCUGCUGCUGCUGGCUGUGCUUCUCUCCAUCUCUGCUGACUGGAGAGCUUUCGGGGGUUCUCAUCCCAAACCGGCUUGUCGUUAUCCUCCGUCUCAGUGGUGUCGCUCACUGGAAAUCGCGAUUGAAUGUAAAGUGCAGAAACAGUGCAUGGAGUUGCGUGCCAUCAGGGCCAACGAGACUGUUCCUCCAGUGUCCAUCACCCUGUACUAUGAGACUCUGUGUCCAGACUGCAGAGUCUUCAUCGCCCAGCAGCUGUUCCCCACUUGGUUGAUGCUGCAGGACAUCAUGUCUGUUACACUGGUGCCUUAUGGGAAUGCCAAGGAGGUCCCAUCAGCAAAUUCUCCCUUCACGUGUCAGCAUGGAGAACCUGAAUGCAGGGGAAACAUGAUUGAGGCCUGCAUCAUCCAUUUUACGGGAAACUCUCUUGCGUUUCACAUCAUCUACUGCAUGGAGUCGUCUGUAGACGUUCUUGGUGCCGCACAGCCUUGUCUCCAGCUGUACGCCCCCUCUGUGUCCUGGUCCAGCGUCGACGCCUGUGUGAAGGGAGACUUGGGCUACCGUCUGAUGCAAGCCAACGCUGCUAUGACAAGAGCCCUCAACCCCGCUCACACACACGUCCCUUGGGUCACCUUUAAUGGGGAAUACACAGAAGAGAAUGAAGACAAGGCGUCGUCGUCCCUUUUCCACCUGGUGUGUGAGCUCUACAAGGGGGUGAAGCCUCCAGCCUGCAAUGGAGCGCCAGUCAAACUGAGCAGAGGCCUUUGCAAAAUGCAAUGAAAUAUUAUUGUGCCUCGCAUGGAAAUGACUAAAUCAAAUUAUACUAAUGUUUACAGACUGUUACAAAACAACUCAUUCACUAUUGAUUUUUAUAUAUGAGACUAUAAUAAACUUUGUUUGAC